GCUGCCCAACUCAGCCGCAUUUAAUAAACAAAAUAAUUUAAAAUAGAAUAAAUCGUGCAUAAUGCUACGAAAUACGUUGCAUUUAGCCUCCCUGGGAGUGCGUCAAGCCAGAGUGGCCAAUUCCCUGCCAGGAUUAACCCAGUUACUCCAGCAGGAUCCACAAAAGGCCGUAAGCCAACAAAUAGCGCGCGAUUAUGCAAAAAGCAAGGAAAAGAAGGAAAAGGGAGGCAAGGGCGGUGGAGGAAAGACCGCCAAGGUGGAAAUUAACGAGCAGCAGCUCCGCGAGAUCCUCAACUUUGAUGGCCUCAACUCCCAGAUGCAGAAGAAUGUGCUGCAAAUGAAGGAGGACUUUGUGAAGCACCUGUCCCUGCGCUCCACCAGCGGCGCCAUAGAUACGCUGCGCAUCAAGGUCGAUGGCCAGGAGCAUGAGCUCCAGGAACUCGCACAGAUUUCACGAAAAAAUCCCAAAACCAUCAUUGUGAACAUGAUCGGCUUCCCGCAGACCAUACCCGAUGUCCUCAAGGCCAUCGAGAAGAGCGGCAUGAACCUAAAUCCGCAACAGGACGGCACCACACUGUUCAUACCCAUCCCGAAGGUGACGAAGGAGCAUCGUGAGAACCUGUCCAAGAACGCCAAGGCUCUGUUUGUCAAGUACCGCGACGCAAUUCGUGGGGUUCAGAACGAGCAUAUCCGCAAGCUAAAAAACAAGCCAGAGCUGGGCAAGGACGAUGCUUUCGCCGCCCAGGCUCAGGUCACUGCCAUUGCUGAUCGCUUCAUUUCGGAGGCGGACAAACUGCUGGCCAGCAAGCAGAAGGAGCUGCUGGGCGACUAGAACUAAAACUGAGACUGAUACCGAAAGCUGCACCCUAAAUCUUCCUCCAAAUCUUUUUAAAUUGUUAAUAAAUCAUGAGAUAUCUUUUCCCAAAA